UCGGUCGGAGCCGCCGCCCGGCCCGGCUGUCCCCGCCAUGUCGAGCGGCUGCGCGGCGCCGGAGGAGGAGGCGGAGGAGGGAGGCCGGGAGCCGCGCUGUGUGUCGGCGCGGUGCUCCUGGCCCUGCGCGCCGCCGGGCGGCCUGGCGCGGGCGCUGUGCCUGCGGCGGGGUGCGGGGGACGGCGAGCCCGGCAGCGAGGCCGUGGUGGCGGAGCGGCGGGAGGGCGGCGAGGAGCCCUGCGAGCUGCGGCUGCAGUGCCGGCCCGGCGCCGAGAUGGUGUCCGUGGGCAUCGUGAGCCAGGCCCGGAACAUGGAGGUGUACGUGGGCGAGGAGUACUGCGGCACCGGCCGGGGACAGAGCCGCGGCGCCCGCCCGGCGCCGGGUGAAACUGAAGAGGUUACUUUAUACCACAAGUACCUUAAGUUUGAAUGCCCUGCAGCCUCCUGUAGAAUUAAGCUGCUCUCCUUUGGUGAGAAACACAGAGUACUCAUCAGUAAAAUAAUUCUAGAAGUGAAAGCAGUGUCUGCAAAACUAGCAACUGAUUUUCCUUCACUAGGCUCAAGCAUAGAUCUAGACAGAGUGCAAACUAUAAUGGAAUCCAUGGGAUCCAAGUUGUCUCCAGGUGCUCAGCAGCUCAUGGACAUGGUCCGGUGCCAGCAGAAAAACAGUUUCCCAUUUGGAGACAAACUCAGCUGGAUCCUGGGGAGAAGUUCUGACUUUGGAGGUGACCAUGCAGUAGAUGGAAUGCACAGAGCAGCUCUGCAGUCCUCACUGAGUCCAUCAGCCAGUGAACCUUUGCCUGUUAAAAAUCAUUUAACAAGUGAAGCAGUGUAUAAAGAUGUAAAAAUAACUCGUGAUCUGAACUCAGAGGUACCUGAAAGAGGGAAUACUUUGGAUUCUGAAAGACUUCCUACCCAGCAAAAUGCAGUUGACCUCAGGAAUGAUUUGAAAGUCGUGGGAUCUCUGCAAGUGCAGCAGCAAGCAGGUGAAACUCCAAACGUGGCCAACCCACAGGUGCUUCUUCCUUUUCUUCAAAACUUGUGCACUCAGGUGAAUCACCUUCGGCUCAAGGAUGGGGACAGGCACCCUGGGAGGAGUGCAGUGGCUAAAGAGGAGAGUGUUCCGAGUGCUGGAGUGGAACAACAGCCUAUUUGCACCUAUUUGGAAAAGAUCAUUUCAAAAAAUCUGGAUCUGAUGGAGAAGAAACUAAUGGACUAUAUUGACUGCCAAAUCCAGGCUCUUCAGACACACAUAGACAAUAAAAUGUUUCUCUUGAUGGACUUGGUUCAGAACUCAAAACCAAACAAAAUUUCCCAAGCACACUAUGAUUCUAACGAGGGUUUUUCUAAUGGAGAGAGGUAGAGGGAUUCAGGUGUAGGGUUUCAGUGUGAAUACUUGGAUAAUUAGACUUUACAAAGCCUAGUAUUUAUGCAGUUCAAACUAUGAAGAAGCUCAGUGUUGUUAACUUGCAUUUUGUUACUGUAAUUCUAUCCACUGUUGUACACACUUGUUAGUUUUAUGAAAGAUCUUAAGGAUGUGUUUUUUCCUAAAUAUAAGAGUUUUGUAUGCCCUUUGUGGCUUAUUUAUUUAAAGAGCAUUGCUAGAAGCUGUAUGAACAGUCAGUCCCCCAGUUCCAGUUUGGACAAUGGAGCACUCUCAAUAAACUGAGUUACUGCUUAUCUUUUUACCUACACGUAAUCAGCUCACUUCUUUGGGUUGUGUUAAUUUUUGAUGUGAAAUGUGUUGUCAGUAGAACAGAAUGCAGUUUGUUCUUUUGCUUUAUUGGCACUCCUGUUGAAGACAUUUCUUGUUCCACCUCUAAAAGGAAGGUUGGAUUGUCAUUGCCUGAUUUGGGCAGUUUAUGGAGCUGUGUUUGUAAAGAGAGCUGGGGGAAUGUGAACCCAGCCUGGGUUCUUGGGAAGCCUUGUUGGCUGUACAGGCACCUGAAUUAGGAGUCCAGGCUCCUUUAGAGAUACCUAAACCAAGACUGUGAUGCUUCUUUCCCUCCUAAACUAGCUGAGUGCAGGAGCAAGUGCAAUGAUUGCAAACUCAGCAGAUUUUAUCCAAGUUUCAUUAUCCUAAGAAGUGCAAGUUCUUCAUCCAUGGUUCCUCUCAAGUGAAUGUUGCUCCCAGACAGGGUGUGCUGGAGUAGCUCCAGAAGAGUUUUCCUUACUGCAUCACACUUCCUUUAAUCCCUUGGGAUCAGUUUUGCUGUCACUUGGGGAGGUAGGAAUGUGACUCCAAAUCCCUCUUCUGUGGCAGGUUGAGUUUCAAACUUCAUUCUGUAUGUUGCUCUUGGAUUCUGGGGUGUAAAUUGGAGGGUGUAGGGACUUCAUGGUAAACCCCUCAGCUGGGUGCACAAACAUUUCUGGCAAAAGCUGUUGAUGGGGAAGCAAGUGUUGGCUCAAAAGCAGCAUAAGCAUGUCCAAGCCAUUAUCAUUAUUUACUCUGCCUGAUAUCUCCUUCUCCAGGAAAACUGAUGUAUUUUGAAGACUGUCAGAUCCUGGUGCUAGCAAACACAGAGAAGUAGAUUUGGAAGAGAGGAUAAUCUGCUCUGAAAAGACAUCUUGCAGUUCUCCCUGAUCAUAACUCCUGCCAGGUGCAGUUUCAGUGAUUCAAAAAGAAAAAAAUUAUUUUUUUUUUAGAUAAAAGGAUCUUAAUUAUCUUGUACUUCAUACCUGUAAAGGUACAGUCUGUCCUGAGGUACACACACUUUUUCAACUCAGUGACUUGAGAUAAAGUACUAAAUUGAGACAGUUUUGGGUUUGGAUUUUUUUAUUUGAUAACCAAAGAAAUUGGAAUGAGUUUUUGAGUAUUGCUGAGUUCAAAUGCUGUUAAUUUAAUGAUUUUUUAAUUUUUUUCUCUCUCUGGGUAACAAAUAUGAACAGCAGUUGACACUAAAUAGAAAUUUCCAGAAGUAGUUAAAAUGACCUCUGGACAUUUUGAUUGCUGUGUCCUACCUGGUGCUUGUGAUGCUUCAGUAUCACAGCUACCACAAUGAGAAUGUUUGAAAUUAAAACCACAAAUGCCAGAGUGUAGAAGUUGUACUGUUGCAGGUUUGGUGUUUUGUCAGCUUCCACUUCAGUGAGGGAUUCUGUAUAGAGAGAAAAAUAAAAGUGCUUAAAGUUUAGAAUACUGCAUGAUUUAACUGGGAAUUAAAUAAGCAUUUUUUCAGAUAUUUUCAUUUGACAUGACCGACACAGAGUGCAAAUCCUGAUUAUGUAGUACUGAAGAGUUGUAAAAAUUGCUAAUAAAACAAUCCUACAGAACAUCA